UUUCAACGUUUUGCCAUUACCAGUAAAACCCUGAGAACGCCAUGGCAACCAUUCCCCUUGUUCACAAAACCGGAAAGCUGUCAAACAGCGUUCUAGUGUUCGACUUUGAGGGCACCAUGUUGAGAUCCACUUCAUUGUUUCCUUACUUCAUGCUCGUAGCUUUUGAAGCGGGCGGUUUGUUAAGAUCUCUCCUUUUGUUACUUUCUUACCCUCUGGUGUGGCUGGCUGGAGAAGAAAACCAUAUGGGGUUAAACAUAAUGGUUUUCUUAAGCUUCUUUGGGAUAAAAAAAGACACAUUCAGGAUUGGAUCUUCUGUUCUCCCAAAGUUCUUCUUACAAGAUGUUGGGCGUGAAGGUUUCGAAGCUGUUCAGAGUUUUGAGAGAAAGGUGGCGGCUAGUAAAAUGCCAAGAAUCAUGGUUGAAUGCGUCCUCAAGGAGUAUUUAGGAGUUGAUGCUGUGGCAGCCAGAGAGAUGAAGUCAUUCCAUGGUUACUACGUGGGACUGCUUCAGCGGGAGAAAAAGCACGACAAACCCCUCCUAGAUUGUAACAACGUUGUUGGCAUAGGUAGCCAAAUUAAGAAUGAUGAGCAGGAGCUUUUUUCUCGCUGCAAGGUCGGUGUUUACUUGGUGAGUAAUGCUGAGAAAAGAACUUGGGAAGCGCUCCCAAGGGAGAGAUACCCAAAGCCAGUGAUCUUCCACGAUGGAAGAUUAGCCCUUAGGCCCACCCCUUUGUCUUCUCUAGCUUUGUUCAUGUGGCUACCACUUGGGCUAUUUAUCAGCAUGCUCAGAUUCACAAUUGGCAUAUCACUGCCGUUCAAAGUGUCAGGUCCAAUAUUGUCAUUUUUAGGCGCGGGCACCACAUUAUCGAAAUCCCAGGUUUAUCAGAACGAAGAAAGUGAGCAAAAGGGAACGCUAUACGUAUGCAACCACAGAACCUUACUGGACCCACUUUAUAUCUCAUAUGUUGUAGACAAGCCCCUCUCUGCCGUCACGUACAGCUUGAGUAGAUUCAAUGAGCUUGUUUCCCCAAUCAGGACGAUCCGAUUAACCAGAGACAGAGAGAAGGACAGAGAGACGAUGGGGAAGAUGUUGAGCUCAGGAAGCCUAGUGGUCUGUCCGGAGGGAACCACUUGCAGGGAACCUUAUUUGCUCCGAUUCAGUCCGCUGUUUGCUGAGCUGACCGAUGAUAUUGUCCCUGUUGCAGUGGAUGUGCAGGUCGGCAUGUUCUAUGGGACAACGGCGGCGGGGAAUAAAGCUCUGGACCCUUUUUACCUAUUUCUGAACCCAAAGACUAACUAUUGUGUUGGGAUUCUGGAGAGAUUGAAGCGAUGUAAUACGUGCCAGGCAGGUGGGAAAUCCAGGAUUGAAGUUGCUAAUUACGUGCAAAGUGAGAUCGGCAAGGCUUUAGGGUUUGCAUGCACAGGCUUCACCAGGAAAGACAAGUACAUGACUCUUGUGGGUCACGACGGCGUCUGCAACUGCAAGUGCCCUUCAGGGGCGGCCGUGUCACUACACAAGGGAAGAAUUCCAAACCCCAACUGAUUUCAUGCACAUGGGUUGCUCCGAUUCCAACUUCAACAUGAGAUAAUUAGCGAAUGCAAUUGUGUAAGGUUGCGGCGCAUUGGGGUAAUCGAGUUAGUGGCGGUCUUUUAACUGUUUUCCUUGUUAUUUCUUUUUUGAUUUAAACUAGAAUAAACCUUUUGCUGUAUAAUAUGUACGGAGUCCCCUUUCAUGCUGCUUAUCUGUUUAAUUAUUUAGAGAAAUAAAAGUUAAACCUCUGAUUCCUA